AUGACUUCUCAAGAGAACAUUCCGGUUUAUCAUUAUCUUGAUAUUGGGCGCCUCGGACGUGGUGAAGUUGUCAACCUCUUUCUGAAGGAUGCUGGAAUCGAAGUGCACCAAGCCCGUUAUCCUUGGGAUGCUUCGUGGUUGCAACAAAGCGAGAGUCUGAAGAAGCAGGGUAUCACUCGUACUGGCAAGGUGCCUUCGCUCGAGUACAAGGGCCAAAUACUCACGCAGCAUAUUCCCAUCUUAAGAUAUCUUGCUCGCGAUCUUAACCGUUACGAUGGGGAUACAAACUGGGAGAAAUAUAUUGUCGACGCUGUUUCGGAUAUCUACAUUGACUGGCGGGCAAAAUGGGCUGCAAAUCUGACGGAAGCCAGUGCUGAGUAUAAAGACCAAUACGUGGUGGAAUAUUACAACCUGGUAGCUCAGUACUACUCUGAUUACGAAGGGCCAUAUCUUCUGGGUGAAAGGAUCACCUAUGUCGACUUUGCCAUUUUCCAAUCUAUGGAUAAUGAUGAGAGAACAGGAACCCUUCCGCUGGUACUUUCGGAGGCGCUGGUUGGAUUCAGAAAGGCAUUCGCGGCUAGGCCCAACAUCGCUCAAUACAUCGAUGUAAAUCGACAUGACCAGUAA